GAGUGUGAGUCAGCAGUCAACGCGUUUGACUGUGAGGUUAUGAUCAGAAAAAGCUCUGCAUCGCAGAGUUGGAUCUUCCACCAGCGCUCCUCGUUGUGGCGGAGCUGCAAGAAUUUCCGAUCUCUGAAGCAAAUCCACGCUCGUAUGAUCGUCGAUGGCUUCAAUUGCGAUCGCGGUGCUCUCAAAGAACUCGUUUACGCUGCGGCGGUUGAAUUGCAGACCUCAAUUGAAUAUGCACACCAACUGUUCGACCAAAUUUCUGAACCGGACCUGUUCAUGUGGAACACCAUGAUUCGGGGGUCAGCUCAGAGCCCGAAGCCUUGGUCGGCCGUGUCGAUCUAUUCCAAAAUGGAGAGGCAUUUCGUCAAGCCUGAUCACUACACUUUCCCUUUCGUGCUCAAGGCCUGCACGAGGCUUUCGUGGAUUAACACAGGGACUGUGAUACAUGGGAAGAUAACAAAGCAUGGAUUCCAUUGGAAUGUACAUUCGAGGAAUGCGCUCAUAUAUUUCCACGCAAAUUGUGGGGAUAUAGCGAUUGCAAACUGCCUGUUUGAUGAAUCAGGGAGAGGGGAUGUCGUGGCUUGUUCAGCUUUGAUUGCAGGAUAUGCAAAGAGACACAAUUUGGUAGCUGCCAGGGAACUGUUCGACGAAAUGCCGAUGAAGGAUUUGGUUUCUUGGAAUGUGAUGAUCACAGGAUACGUGAAGCAAGGCAACAUGGAGUGUGCAAGGGAGUUGUUUUAUUCGGUUCCGGAAAGGGAUGUGGUGACAUGGAAUGCAAUGAUAUCAGGCUACGUUCUCAAGGGAGAGCACGCAAAGGCCUUUGAAAUGUACGAGGAGAUGACGAGCAUAGGAGAGCGCCCCGAUAAUGUGACAAUGUUGAGUCUUUUGUCUGCGUGUGCAGAUUCUGGGAAUAUAGAUAUGGGUGAGACAAUACAUCGCUCCAUUUUGGGGAUCGACGAUGCAGGAGUGGUUAGCAUUUUUCUAGGAAAUGCUCUCAUCGAUAUGUAUUCCAAAUGUGGGAGCAUUCGGAAGGCGCUUGAUGUGUUUCAUCGGAUGAGAGAGAGGGACGAAGCAUCGUGGAACUCUAUAAUAGUAGGAUUAGCUUUUGGCGGCUGUAUGGAGAAUUCUUUAUGUCUAUUUGAAGAAAUGAGGAGAACUAAGUUUAGGCCGAAUGAGAUUACUUUUGUGGGGGUAUUGAUCGCUUGCAGCCAUUCUGGGAGAGUAGAUGAAGGCCGGGCAUAUUUUGAACUGAUGAAGAGUAGAUACAAAAUCCAACCGAAUCUUAAGCACUACGGAUGCAUGGUGGAUUUAUACGCUCGGGCAGGGCUGUUAAACGAAGCGUUUGAGUUCAUCAAGUCGAUGAAGCUGGAGCCAAAUGCCAUUGUUUGGAGAACGCUGCUCGGAGCUUGUCGAAUCCAUGGCAACAUUGAGCUGGGAAGGCAUGCCAAUAAGGAACUUCUCAAAUUGAGGCAAGGCGAAAGCGGCGACUAUGUUCUGCUGUCGAAUAUAUAUGCUGAAAGCGGCGAAUGGCGCAGCGCUGAAAAUGUGAGGAAUUUGAUGGACGGGAGCGGCGUGAAAAAGGAGCGUGGAUUCAGUUCGAUUGAUAAAGAAAAUGAUGAACUCCUUGGGUUUUUGCUCGGUUAG